ACCGGCCUUUUAAACACCUUGCUCGAACCGCCUGCUGAAACCCGGCCCUUCAGACUGAAACAAUAAAAAUAAAUUCUGAAUUUUGGCUUCUCGUUUUGACGCAGGUUGACUGCGACGAAUUACAGACGAUCAAGGGUUUCCUCGGAUUUUGGUCGGGGAGAUGGAUGGUAAUGUGGCUGAUAUUAAGAAAUGGGUCGUGAUAUAUCCAGUUUACUUGAACUCUAAGAAAACGAUAGCCGAAGGGAGGCGAAUUAGCGUGAGCAAAGCAUGUGAAAACCCUAAUUGUGUUGAGAUUGGAGAUUGCUGUAACUAUCUUAAAAUCCCGUAUGCAAUUGAGAUUGAUAAGGCGUAUCCUAGGGAUUUCAUGCAAAGAGGGAGAGUGAGGGUGAAACUGAAGAAGGAAGAUGGGACUUUCUACAAUCCAGCUGUUACUUGCAGAAAACAGCUGAUGCUUCAUGUUGCAGAGUUGGUACCUAGACAUCCUGGUAGAACUAAGAAGCAGGAGCCAGCAUCCACAUUGACAACUGCUGGACCUUCCAAAUCUGGGAAAGGUGGAAAAAAGAAGAGAUAAAUAUAUCAAAAUGUUUCCUCUUUGAUGUUCAAUUCUGGUCAGCGUUGGCUGUUACAUGUUGGUUGUUUUACCUUAGUUGCGUUAGACGAUAUUGUGUUUUUGAAGUAUAAGAUAGACAAUAUGUGUUGCAUCUCCCUUUUACCUUUAAUGUUUUUUUCAAUAGAA